CCAAACUGUGACUUCGUCUAGCAUCCGCCGUGGAUGCCGAGUGUCCUUUCUGUGGUGCACUUUCAGUCGAAUCUCGGCACUCGCCUGCAAUGGAUCAGGGGAUUUCCCAGAGCGGGGCUCGCAGCCUUGUCGCCCAAGUGAAGCGCGAGAAUUGAAAGUCGUGAAAUGUGAAAAGGACGUGCUACUGGCAGGAUAUGUUUGCCGGAUAUGUCGACCUACGCGGGCGCCGUGCUCCUCUGCCCAUACCUCUAAGUGUUUCCUUCAGAGAUAGUGCCUAAAAAAAAAGAAAAAAAUAGAUAAAAAGCCAGGCCAAGAACCACAAAACAAAAUAUCCAAAAAUAAAGGAAGAGGCACAACAAGAAUUUGUGGCCAUGAGCCUGAUGAUGUCAUGCCAUUGUCCUGGCCAGAGUGAAAGUGUUGUUGUUGCCAUAUUUCCGGCCACGGGCGACACAUGAGCGGCUCAGUCAUGUGCCAUUAUCCCUCAAGUGAAGAGCCCGGUAAUUAACUGCAAAAGUUCAACACCAAAAAGUGAAAGCGAGACAAACUCAAAACUCUGUCGAGAUUCGGUGAAAUUAACCAUUAAGGAUUAUAGCCAAAUAAAGGAUAUACCCGCUGAGCCAUGGAUACUCUGGCUGCGCUCUGUUCUCUGCUAUUCCUGCUUCUCAUACAAAAUGCUGCAAUCCUUGGACAGCUGGACAACAGCAUCAGGGGGAGUGGCAGUCCGCCCCCCGCCAAGCCACCCGCCCCCACGCUCCGCCUGCAGCCAUCGACGCCAUCAAUAACGCAUUUUGUAAAUGACUCCUUCAUCAUCUUCUGCCAGACAGUACAAAAGGAUAUCGACACCAAGUGGCGUGAUCCUCGCGGACAGACCCGCGAGAAUACCAAAGGACGAGUCCAUAUCGAGAAGAAGACAAUGGGACUCUUGGCUCUAGUUUUCGAGCACAUCUCCCUGGACGACAGGGGCAACUGGACCUGCGAGGUGAAUGGGAAUGGUAAUGGCAAUCGGAAUGUGAAUGUUGAACGUGAAUUUUUGGCCUCCUUCGAGCUCCUCGUAAAUCAGAAAAUCUCAUUUGGGAAGACGGAGCAAGUGCAGUCGGUGCGCGAGGGACGCGAUGCGAUGGUCAAUUGCUUUGUGGAGGGAAUGCCCACACCGGAAGUGUCCUGGCUCUACAAUGGCGAAUAUAUAAACACUGUGAACUCAUCGAAGCACAAUCGCCUGUCGAACGGUCUCUAUAUCAGGAAUGUGAGCCAGGCGGAUGCCGGGGAGUACACGUGUCGGGCGAUGCGUAUAACUCCGACUUUUUCGGAUUCCGAUCAAAUAACGAUAUUGCUAAGGAUACAACACAAACCCCAUUGGUUCUUUAACGAGACACUACCAGUCCAGUACGCGUAUGUGGGCGGGGCCGUUAACCUCAGCUGCGACGCGAUGGGAGAGCCCCCACCAUCCUUCACCUGGCUGCACAACGGCAAGGGCAUCGUCGGCUUCAACCAUCGCAUCUUUGUAGCCGACUACGGGGCUACGCUUCAGCUCGAGAUCCGGAACAGCAGCCAGUUCGGGGACUACAAGUGCAAGGUGGCCAAUCCGCUGGGCAUGCUGGAAAGGGUGAUCAAGCUGCGACCUGGUCCGAAGCCCUGGAGCCCCACCAGCUUCCUGUUGAAGCGAAGCCAACCGGACGCCAUAGAGCUGGAUCUGAAAGCACCCCGGAUGACCAAUGUAUCGUAUGAGAUGCAAGUCUAUGGCUACAGGGUGGCCUUUAUGAGCGAUAAGGAGUUCAAGUUCAAUGCCGGGAACUGGAGUCAUGCCAAAUUUCGCGACUUCUCCUUCCAUAGGGGCCAACAUUUCAUCAUCCCGCAUUUAAAGGCCAACACCUCAUACUUGAUGCGUGCUGCCAGCAUUAAUCUGGCCGGUCUGAGUGACUGGAGUGGCGUGAAGACCUUUGCCACAGCCGCAGGAUGCAGCAUAUGGAAUCCGUCGCUAUAUCCCCUAUACGCGCUAAUUGUUGCUUUCAUUCGGACAUAGAGUUCAUGAAAAAUCAAACACCAAAAAUUAAUACCCCAUCCCAUUCCAAACUCGUUACUGUUGCUGCUGAGUUUUCUAGUUUUGUAUAUCUUCUGUGAUAGAACCUUGUGUGUGCAAUUCACUAAAACCUAAACCCAAAAUCUAUUAUUGAAAUGGAAACGCUUUUCGCUGAAACAUAC